AUGGAAGGUGGUGAUAUAACUAGUAGAGUGAGUAGUGCUCGUCUAAGUAGUUCUAAUAUAUGGAGGAACACUACCUUGGAAGUUUUCUCCAAGUCUUCUUCUCAGAUUGAAGAUGAUGAAGAAGCUCUCAAAUGGGCUACUUUAGAGAAGCUUCCUACUUAUUUGCGUGUAAGGAGGGGCAUUCUUACCGAAGAAGAAGGUCAAUCUAGAGAGAUUGAUGUAAAAAGCCUAGGAUUAAUAGAAAAAAGGAAUCUUCUUGAGAGGCUAGUCAAAAUUGCAGAGCAAGAUAAUGAGAAAUUCCUGUUGAAGCUCAAGGACCGCAUUGAAAAAGUUGGGCUUGACAUGCCAACAAUUGAGGUCCGGUUCGAGCAUUUAAGUGUUGAAACGGAAGCAUAUGUUGGAAGCAGAGCAUUACCGACAAUGUUCAACUUCUCUGCUAACAUGUUUGAGGGAUCCUUGAAUUAUCUUCAUGUUCUUCCAAGUAGAAAGAAACCAUUAUCAAUCCUCAAUGAUGUUAGUGGAAUUAUCAAGCCUCGAAGAAUGACGCAGCUGUUAGGCCCACCAAGCUCAGGCAAGACCACGUUACUUUUGGCUUUGGCUGGAAAACUGUGCAAAGAACUAAAAUUUUCAGGAAGAGUGACGUACAAUGGACAUGGAAUGGGAGAGUUUGUACCACAGAGGACAUCAGCUUAUAUAAGUCAAUAUGAUCUCCACAUAGGAGAAAUGACUGUGAGAGAAACACUGGCUUUCUCUGCAAGAUGUCAAGGCGUUGGAAUCGGUUAUGAAAUGUUAGCAGAAUUAGCAAGAAGGGAAAAGGCAGCAAAUAUCAAACCAGACACAGAUAUUGAUAUCUACAUGAAGGCAGCUGCACUAGAAGGGCAAGAGGUAAAUGUUGUUACGGAUUAUAUUCUUAAGAUUUUAGGACUUGAAGUAUGUGCUGAUAUCUUGGUGGGAGAUGAAAUGGUAAGAGGCAUUUCUGGUGGACAAAAGAAACGAGUUACAACAGGGGAGAUGCUGGUUGGGCCAGCAAGAGCACUUUUUAUGGAUGAGAUAUCUACUGGUUUGGACAGUUCAACUACUUUCCAAAUUGUUAACUCACUCAGGCAAUCAAUCCACAUUUUCAAUGGAACUGCUUUUGUCUCUCUUCUCCAGCCAGCACCAGAAACAUAUGAUCUUUUUGAUGACAUAAUUCUUCUUUCUGAUGGACAAAUUGUUUAUCAAGGGCCACGCGAAAAUGUGCUUGAGUUCUUUGAAUACAGGGGAUUCAGAUGUCCUCAGAGGAAAGGAGUUGCUGACUUUUUACAAGAAGUAACAUCAAAGAAAGAUCAAGAGCAGUACUGGGCACAUAAAGAAGAGCCUUAUAGCUUUGUUGCAGUGAAGGAAUUUGAUGAAGCAUUUCAAUCAUUCCAUGUUGGUCGAAAGUUAGGUGAUGAACUUGCCAUACCAUUUGACAUAACCAAAGCUCACCCUGAUUCUCUAACAACUAAAAAGUAUGGUGUCAGCAAGAAGGAACUGUUGAAAGCUUGCAUUUCCAGGGAAUAUUUACUCAUGAAGAGGAACUCGUUUGUAUACAUUUUCAAGAUGACCCAACUUAUUAUAAUGGCUUUCGUGACAAUGACAAUAUUUCUAAGAACGGAGAUGCACCGAAACACAGAAACAGAUGGUGGAAUUUAUUUGGGUGCCCUUUUCUACACAAUCAUCGUAACUGUGUUCAAUGGAUUCUCAGAGCUUGCAAUGACCAUCAUGAAACUUCCUGUCUUCUACAAGCAAAGAGACCUUCUCUUCUAUCCUGCAUGGGCAUAUGCUCUACCCACAUGGAUUCUCAAGAUCCCUGUUUCCUUUGUAGAAGUUGCUGUAUGGGUGGUCAUGACAUAUUAUGUUAUAGACUUUGAUCCAAACAUUGGAAGAUUUUUCAAGCAGUACUUGAUACUCCUAGUUACUAGCCAGAUGGCAUCAGCAAUGUUUCGACUGACGGCUGCAUUAGGAAGGAGUGUUAUUGUUGCUAACACAGUUGGGUCAUUUGCAUUACUUGCUGUGCUAAUUCUUGGUGGAUUUAUCAUAUCAAGAGAUAGUGUGAAGAAAUGGUGGAUAUGGGGUUACUGGUUCUCACCAAUGAUGUAUGUGCAGAAUGGUAUAUCUGUGAAUGAAUUUCUUGGAAACAGUUGGAACCAUUUUCUUCCUAAUUCAACAGAGGCAUUAGGAGUUGCUUUCAUGAAGUCUCGUGGACUUUUCCCUGAAGCAUAUUGGUAUUGCAUUGCAGUUGGAGCUUUGACAGGAUAUAUCUUCCUAUUCAAUUUCCUUUUCACUUUGGCACUAAAAUAUCUUGAUCCAUUUGGCAGGCCUCACGCACUAAUAUCGGAAGAGGCCUAUGCUGAGAAAAAUGCUGCCAAAACUGGAGAGUCAAUUGAGCUAUCAUCAAAAGGGAAGAGCUCUCUAGAAAGAGGGAGUGCGAGCCAAAGAAGUGCCUCAUCCAGGACACCUUCCACAACAGUGAGCAGCUUUAGUGAUGCCAAUCAAAACAGGAAACGGGGAAUGAUUCUACCUUUUCAACCCCUUUCCAUCACUUUUGAUGAAGUCAGAUAUGCUGUAGACAUGCCACAGGAAAUGAAGGCUCAAGGUAUUUACUCAACUUCAAAAAAAAAAAAAAAAAAAAAACUUGGAGGAUUGAAACAUCUUGAAAAGUGCUAGAGUAAUUGUGAAAAGUUGAUAAAAAAAAAAUAGUCACAAAAAUAUCCCAAAGGUAAUUUUGGGUGUGACGUGAAAUAGGGACACAUACACAAUAAAAAAAUAUAUUAUAAAAGUAGUCCCUUUAUUGUGUUAGCACUUAAGAUUCAUUGUGAAUUUCUUUCCUCUUGAUAAAAAAAUUACUAUUAAAAAAAAAAAAAAAGAAAAAAAUUGGAUGCACUUUGAGUUUCAUGAUUAAUAUUAUUCUCAUAUUUUGUUUACCUUAUUCCCUUUCUUUGUUAACCACAAUCUUACCCUAUUUGACCCCAUUACAACCCUUAAAAAGACCUAAUGAUUCUUUGAAAAAUGCUUGUUACAUUAGUAGAGUUAGAUCUUUUAUGCUUGCAUAUGGGUUUGGCAAUAUAAUCUUCCAUACAUUACUCACCAUCUAUUUGAGACACAUUGGCUAUCUAUUUCAUUUAGGUUUGUUUUGGCACAAUUGACUCUUGUAGCUGGUUGGUAUUUGUUGCUUGGAUUGAUUGGUUAAUUCUUAGCUAUUCUGUAAUUGUUGAGAGUGCUUGCUUCAUUCUUUGUGCUUUUGCUGGUGGGAAUUUGGAAUGUUGGUGGCUAGAGGUAAGUUGGUGGUUUGGAUUAGUGAUUUUUGUAUUUUCAAAGACUGAUUCUAUUCCCUUCCAAAUGAGUUUGUAUGAAAUUUUGCUUAGGGACAAGCAAGAGUUUGAGUAUGGGGGAAUUUGAUGCAUGCAUUUAAUAUCAUCAUUUAGGAGUAAUUUUUGCACAUAAUUUACCCUU